CACACGCACCUUCAGGGCUGAGGAGUUACUGUGGCCGGAGUCUCUGCUCCACAUCCACUCUCUGUUUUACUGAAACUUCUUAUUAUGGCAGAGAACAAAUAAAAGUAGAGAAUUUAGUGGAUUGAGGAGAUUUGUCUUGAAUAAUCGGGAUGAUGGAUGCGCAGAGGUGGAGGACAAGAAAGUGGCUUUGGCAUCGCGGUGUAUCGACUCUCAUCACCGUAUCGGUGCUCCUGCAGACUGCGUGUGUGACAGCAGCCGAGCCGGUGGACGUGCUGAAGGUUUUGGACUUCCGCAGUUCUCCGGAGGGAAUAACGAAGACGCAGGGACUCUGUCCUGUCAGGAGAGGAUCCAGACCUGACGUGGCCUACAGAGUGGACAAGAAAGCGCAGAUCAGCACUGCAACAAAAAAACUCUUUCCAGAUGGAGUAUUUCCUGAAGAUUUCUCCAUCCUAAUGACCAUAAAGCCCAAAGCUGGAACUCAGGCCUUCCUCUUGUCAGUGUAUAAUGAUAAAGGACUGCAGCAGCUCGGGGUGGAGAUCGGACGCACUCCAAUCUUCCUGUAUGAAGAUCAGCAUGGAAAACCUACACCUGAAAAUUAUCCAUUAUUCAGAAACAUUAAUCUCUCUGAUGGGAAGUGGCAUCGUGUGGCAAUCAGCGUGGAGAAGAAAUCCAUCACCAUGAUCGUUGACUGCAAAAAGAAAAUCUCAAAGCCUCUGACCAGAAGUAAUAAACCUGUAAUCAGCACCGAUGGCAUCACGGUGUUUGGCACCAGGAUCCUGGAUGAGGAGGUGUUCGAGGGAGAUAUCCAGCAGCUGCUGUUGGUGAAAGACGCUCGAGCUGCGUAUGAUUAUUGUGAACAUUACAGUCCCGAGUGUGGAACACCUCAUCAGGAGACACCGCAGGCUCAGGAGCCUGAGGAGGAGGAGUACACAGAAUAUUAUGACUACACAGAGGGAGAAGUCGGAGCUACUGAGGUUCCUCUGGAGGAAACUGAAACCAAAACUGACACUAAGCUCAGCACAGGAGACAUGGAGUACUACACUGAGACUGAGCUGGAGUACGGCACUGUGGAUGGAGCUGAACCUCAAACCACCACAUCAUCACCUGUUAAAUCUGGGGAUGUGAUGUAUGAGGAGGAAAUUGUGGAUGAUUACAUCACUGGGGUGGAGCAGGUGGGCAUGGACUUAGCUUCCACACCUGUGGAAACCAAAACUGUGGAGACGGAAGAGGGUGAUGUCACAUCCUUUAAAGAGUACGAUGUGAGUGAGUUUGAGACAAAAGAACUGGACCCAAGUCACUAUGACGAUGGUUUCUAUGACUACGGCACAAUGGCUCCAGGUCCGGACGAUGCCCAGGAGCACACGGUGGAGAUGCCUGCAGAGACCGGCCAAUCAGAGGGCAAGACUGCUGGUGGUUAUGGGGGUGAGAAAGGACAGAAAGGAGAACCUGCUGUCAUUGAACCGGGAAUGUUAAUAGAGGGACCACAAGGACCACCAGGACCCGCGGGUCUUCCUGGCUCUCCAGGUGUUCAGGGUGCUUCUGGUCUCCCUGGUGAUCCUGGUGACAAAGGCCCUCCUGGUCGUCCUGGUAUCCCUGGUGCUGAUGGAGCUCCUGGACCUUCAGGAACUGUCCUCAUGCUGCCAUUUCGUGCAGGAGGUGAGGCCUCUAAAGGUCCAGUAGUGACAGCGCAGGAAGCUCAGGCUCAGGCCAUCCUUGCCCAGGCUCGGAUAGCGAUGAGGGGUCCUCCCGGGCCUGUGGGGCUAGCUGGAAGAGCUGGUGCUAUGGGUAGUCCUGGAGCACCUGGUCUUAAAGGGGAUAGUGGAGACGCUGGUCCACCUGGUCCGAGAGGACUGCAGGGACCCACAGGGCCACCGGGGAAGCUGGGAAAGAGGGGUCGUUCAGGAGCUGAUGGAGCAAGAGGAAUGCCAGGAGAAGCAGGAGGAAAGGGAGAUCGAGGCUUCGAUGGUUUGCCAGGUUUACCUGGAGAGAAAGGCCACAGGGGUGAGUCAGGCCCAAUCGGACCCCCGGGACCACCUGGAGAUGACGGGCCGAGGGGUGAGGAUGGACAGAUUGGACCGAGAGGACUGCAGGGAGAAAGUGGUCCCAGAGGUUUACUUGGUCCUCGAGGAUCUCCAGGUUCUAAUGGUCAACGUGGUCUUCCUGGAUUGGACGGACCAGCGGGUCCUAAAGGGAACAUGGGACCACCAGGAGAAGCAGGACCACCUGGUCAGCAGGGACUCCCCGGCACACAGGGUUUAAUAGGACCUCAGGGCCCAAUCGGACCUCCUGGAGAAAAAGGUCCUGCUGGGAAACAGGGACUGCAGGGUUUAUCUGGAGCUGAUGGUCCUCCUGGUCAUCCAGGGAAAGAAGGACCGGCGGGAGAGAAAGGAUCUGUUGGUCAUCCAGGACCUCAGGGGUCUAUCGGCUACCCCGGACCACGAGGAGUCAAAGGAGCUGAAGGUGUUCGUGGGUUAAAAGGUGGUAAAGGAGAAAAGGGUGAAGACGGUUUCCCUGGGUUUAAAGGUGAUAUGGGACUCAAAGGGGACAAAGGAGAGUCUGGAGUGAUUGGAUUGAGGGGAGAAGACGGACCAGAGGGACCGAAAGGAAAAGCCGGACCGUCUGGAGAAACUGGAGCCAUUGGACUGGCUGGAGAAAAGGGUAAACUGGGAGUUCCUGGAUUACCUGGAUAUCCUGGAAGACAGGGUCCAAAGGGUUCUACUGGUUUCGCUGGUUCUGCUGGAGCCAAUGGAGAGAAAGGAGCAAGGGGACUCGCUGGUAAAGCAGGGCCGAGAGGACAGCGUGGCCCGACGGGUCCUCGUGGUAGCCGUGGUGCGAGAGGACCGACAGGAAAACCAGGAGCGAAGGGAACAUCAGGACACGACGGUCCGGGUGGUGGUCCUGGAGAAAGAGGGCCUCAGGGACCACAGGGGCCUGUUGGGUUGCCGGGACCUAAAGGUCCACCUGGACCACCUGGCAAAGACGGACUGCCGGGACACCCAGGACAGAGAGGAGAAACUGGUUUCCAAGGGAAAACAGGUCCCCCUGGUCCUGGAGGAGUCGUGGGGCCACAGGGUCCUACAGGUGAAACCGGACCUGUGGGAGAGCGAGGACAUCCCGGAUCCCCAGGACCACCUGGAGAGCAAGGUCUUCCUGGAGCAGCGGGUAAAGAGGGUGGAAAGGGGGACCCAGGCCCUUCUGGCCCUAGUGGAAAGCCCGGUCCUGCUGGUAUCCGAGGUUUCCCAGGACUGAGAGGUCUUCCUGGAACACCGGGUCCAGGAGGUCUGAAAGGUGGUGAAGGUCCUCCUGGUUCACCAGGUCCCAUCGGAUCUCCAGGUGAGAGAGGAGGUGCUGGACCUGGCGGCCCAAUUGGAGUACCGGGACGAAAUGGACCUCAAGGACUCCCGGGACCUGCUGGAGAGAAAGGUGGCCCGGGCGAGAAAGGUCCUGCUGGUCCCGCUGGUAGAGAUGGUAUUCAGGGUCCAGUCGGACUUCCCGGACCUGCAGGACCUCAGGGACCACCUGGAGAGGAUGGGGAUAAGGGUGAAGUUGGAGAACCGGGACAGAAGGGAGGCAAAGGGGACAAGGGCGAAUCAGGUCCUCCUGGUCCAGUUGGCCUUCAAGGUCCAGUUGGCAAUCCAGGUCCUGCUGGCAGCGAUGGUGAAGCUGGUCCACGAGGUCAGCAGGGAAUGUUUGGCCAGAAGGGUGAUGAAGGACCUCGAGGAUUCCCAGGUCUGCCAGGACCCAUCGGCCUACAGGGAUUACCAGGACCUCCAGGGGAGAAGGGAGAGACUGGUGACGUCGGCGCAAUGGGUCCUCCUGGUCCUCCAGGCCCAAGAGGUCCUCAGGGUCCCAGUGGAGCUGAUGGAGCUCAGGGGCCUCCCGGUGGUGUUGGCUCUAUGGGAGGAAAUGGAGAAAAGGGUGAGACAGGUGAAGCAGGAAACCCAGGACCUCCUGGAGAGACUGGUUCAAUGGGUCCAAAAGGUGAAGUGGGUGAGAAAGGGGAGACAGGACCACCUGGAGCUGCCGGACCUGCAGGAGCACGAGGACCCCCUGGAGAUGAUGGUCCUAAGGGAAACCCUGGGCCUGUUGGCUUUCCUGGAGACCCAGGUCCUCCUGGCGAGCCUGGUGUUGCUGGGCUCGAUGGUCUUCCUGGAGAUAAAGGAGAUAAUGGAGAGGCCGGUCAACAGGGACCCCCUGGUCCAUCGGGUGAAGCUGGACCUCCUGGACCUCCAGGAAAGAGAGGCCCAAUCGGACGCUCAGGACCUGAAGGCAAACAGGGAGAAAAAGGUUCUAAGGGUGAAGCUGGAGCUGAAGGACCAGCUGGGAAAACUGGGCCUGUUGGACCUCAAGGAUCUCCUGGUAAGCCUGGUGCUGAGGGUCUGAGAGGAAUUCCUGGACCUGUGGGUGAACAGGGACUUCCUGGUGCGGGAGGUAAAGAUGGACUCCCGGGACCACUGGGUCCUCCUGGACUCCCUGGGCUGAAAGGUGACCCAGGUUUUAAAGGUGAAAAGGGUCAUCCUGGUCUGAUUGGUCUGAUCGGACCUCCAGGUGAUUCGGGUGAGAAAGGAGACAGAGGUUUACCUGGAGCUCAGGGAACAGCUGGAGGCAAAGGUGAUUCUGGUGGUGUUGGACCUUCUGGUCCUCUUGGUCCUCCUGGUCCUCCUGGUAUUCCUGGAACACAAGGACAAAAAGGAUCCAAAGGAACAAACGGUCCAUCGGGUCAGAAAGGAGAACCCGGCUUGCUCGGCCCUCCUGGUCCUCCUGGUCCCCCUGGUGACAUGGUCCAACCACUGCCUAUUCAGAUGUCCAAGAAAGCAAAGCGUUCUUCAGACGUCCAGGCAGAUGAGGCCAUGAUGGAUUACGGUUUAGAGGGAAUGGAGGGAAUGGACGAAGUCUACGGCUCCCUCAAUAACCUGAAGCUGGACAUCGAGCGCAUGAAGUUCCCUCUGGGGACUCAGGACAAUCCGGCUCGGACCUGUAAAGACCUGCAGCUCAGCCAGCCUGACUUCCCCGACGGUGAAUAUUGGAUUGACCCUAACAUGGGCUGUAAAGGAGAUUGCUUUAAGGUUUACUGUAACUUCACAGCAGGAGGAGAGACGUGUAUCUAUCCUGAUAAGAAGUCCUCAGGGGUUAGAAUAUCCAACUGGCCAAAAGAGUCUCCAGGGACGUGGUUCAGUGAAUUCAAGCGCGGUAAAAUCCUCUCGUAUGUGGAUGUAGAGGAGAGUUCCAUCAGCGGUGUUCAGAUGACGUUCCUCAAGUUGCUGAGUUCUGCAGCAAGACAGAACUUCACCUACAUCUGCCACCAGUCAGUCGCCUGGUUCGAUGCUAAAGCCAACGAUUACAACAAAGCGCUGCGCUUCCUCGGCUCCAACGAUGAAGAAAUGUCUCACGACAACAAUCCCUUCAUCAAGGCUGUGUACGACGCCUGCUCGCAAAAGCAGGGCUACGCUAGAACCGUGCUGGAGAUUAACACACCACGCAUCGACCAGGUUCCCAUCAUCGACGUCAUGCUGAACGAUUUCGGGGAUCCAAACCAGAGAUUCGGCUUUGAGGUCGGUCCUGUCUGCUUCCUCGGGUGAAAGCCCUCCUUCAGCCGGGCGUGCUGGGACGCUGCGAGACGUGUGGACAGCUGCCACACACACACACACACACACACACACUUCUGCUGGCCAAUAAAGACUGUUAUCAUCAUGGGAAUGUUCUUCGCCCUUGUGGGGCCGAAAAAUGUGGAGACUGAGACCAGCUAUCUGAGGACCAACAUGAAGAGAAGACAUGAACUGGUGAAUAACUGUGCACUUUCAGACUAAAAAAGAAAUGGAUUCCUCUGUUUUCCACCAAAUCCCUGUUUUUAAUCCCACUACAAAAGUAAUCCUGAUAUUUUAAUUCUAAUCCCACUGUUGAACUUUCAUAAUAUCAUAAUUCUUGUUUUAAUCUCGCUCCCUAAUGUUAAUACCAAUAUUUUAUUCCACUUCCAGUGAUGGAAUCUAAUCCCAAUCUCAGUCCUAAUUUUAAUCCCACUUCUCUUUCUUCCCAUUCGUUCCUUUAUACAUUCACUCUUGUUAUAUUAAACAAUUCAAUCCUACGGUGCUAUAGAAAGUGCAUUUUAUAAAAUGAUAACUGUAAUUAUUAUUUUGUACAUUAAUGUCUUUUGAAGCUUCUUUCCUGCAGAAUCUUGCAUGUCUUUAAUUUGGUGACUUUACAGAUAUUUCCUCGGUCUAAAUAUCUUUUAUUUUUAUUUUAAACAGCUGUUCUGUUAAAGCGUGAUUAAACUCAGCAUGAAGAAGCAGUCACACUGUAAAUACUGACCACUUUUAGACAAAGAGGAGAUUUAUACGUAUUACAAUGAUGCUGAAGGAGAAAUUUUAAGAGUUACAAUCUGUAUAAAAGCAGAUUUUUCUUCCAUUUCCCACUAAUGUGUUGAUGUCAGUGGUGUAGUGUUAAUGCUGUGGUAAUCAGACGUCUGAUAACGAGAGCGUUUAUAUCAGACUCAAAAUAUUUUUAUACCUCAACUCUAAAUGGAAGAGAAACAUAAACAGCUCUUUAAUUACACAUUUUACAUUUCUUUACAUUUCUUUCACCCAGUUUGUGUUUAAAGUUUAAAAAGUUUCUGCGCUUCGUAUUUAAGCUUCUGUUCCUAGACCUGGUUUUGUUUUAUUUGCUUUUCUGUCUUGGUCUGAAUAUUGUUUGCAGAUCUGUUCAUGUCCUCGGUUCCCCAAAUACAUGACUAUAGGCAUUUAAAUUUGACACAUUUGUGUAUGUUUUUCUUCUAUAAUUUAUGUAAAACCUUGAAUAAAUGAUUGGUACGAUGUA